AUGGUGAUUCUUAUUUUUGGUCUAGUCUUCUUUUGUAAUGCUCUAGCUUGUUUUGCUAAUACAUGUGAUGCUAAUACUAAUGAGCCUGUGCCUACUUCUUUACAACCAGAUUUUGUCAUGUAUAAAAAGACAUGUUUGGAGUCACAGUACAUGAGUUUAGACAAUGAUUCUACCCUUUUUACUUGUGAAAUGUGUGAGCAUCAGUGUAUGGUCCUGUGGUGUGUAAGUUCAUAUCAGAGCAGCUAUGACAAUGGUCAAUUUACAAUGACAUACACCGUGGCAGAGUCUGAUGUAGCUACUUGGAUUAAACCAUCUCCUAGUGCUAUGCCACUACCAGUAAUGAUGUAUUUAUGUACUCAUAAUUCCAGUGCCAUGAAUUGUAUGUCUUAUAGUGGUUAUAGUGGAGCUUAUAAAUGUGUCCACAACGAUGGUAAUGAAACAUUAAAGUUUGAACUUGAUGUACCUACCACAACGGUAAUAUCUACAAUAAUAACAUCUACUAUGCCUUGCUCUAUCAAAUCAUUACAUGAAGUAACAACUUGUUCCAACUUUUUGUAUACGUCAAUGCUACAGCAUGAGUCAAUAGCUUCAUCAUUAUCAUUAUUUGUAUCACCAUCAACUUCUACAACAGUAUCCCCUGUACAAUCUCCAUCAACAUUACCCCAUUACACUGGUAUUGGUUUAUUAGUAGCUACUAACCUACUGACUAUCAUUGCAUUAAUCAGUAGCUGUGUCUACAUAUUCUGCCAGAGGAAAAAAUCAAAAUUCAUCGUAACAGAGAAUGAACAAAUAUCCUUACAAAACACAUCUCCUCAAACUGAAGCAACAAG